CAUGGCCCCAAGCGCUGAUUGGACGUAGUCUAUCGUGUGUUUUUGACUUCCCUACGUCUCCAGAGGGUAAAAGUGAAACAUAAACAAUGAUACGAGCUGCGAAACGUGCUCGCCGAAGCGUCGCCUGCGCGAUAAAGACCACGUAGAGUUGAACCCCGACAUCGCGCGUGCGGAGUUCCCCGGCCAAAGGUAACUGAUACUCUACGGACGGGCGAAGGGGCAUCAUCCGCGCGGUCAGUGCAUCUUUGCGCCUACGGACGACUUCGCGGCGACGCGUCGUCCUGCUGACCCAUUGUCAAAGCGUGUGACUUGUCAAUCGCGCCACUCGACCGAGGUGAACGCUCAGGAGCCAUCACGUCACCGAGAGCCGGAUCCGAAGGACUUUUUCUCGCGCAGCACUGGGAUGCCACAGAUCGCGGGAAGCGCGCAGAAGCGUCUCGGUGGUGUGUGAUCCGGCGGCAGCGGGCAUUUCUUGCAACAACAAACAUGACGGCCACGAAAAGCCUCCUGUGGAGAGUUUCGUUUCUCUUCUGCGUCGGUGUGUUCUUCAGUUUAAUGCUGGACUUCUUUCAAAUACAGUACCGCCUCUCGGCGUUCGAACGCAAUCUCAUCGGAUCAGUCUUCAUGUCUUCGCCGUGGUGGGUUCCCGCCAUAUGUGGCACAGCUGCGGUAUCCGUGGGCCUGCUGUAUCCAUGCCUGGACCACAAGCUUGGCGAGGAGACUAUUCCCCACCACUGGUCCGACGUCAUGAAGUGCAUCGCGCUCUUCGUGGGGAUCAAUCAAGCCAGCGCUAAAAUUGAGCUGCAGAGUGACUGGCAACCCGCACUCUCUCUAGUGCUUCUGUCUGUGAGCCUGUGGUGGCUGUGCGACCGUACGCAAGGUGGCUUUGGCCUCAGCAUCCUUACGGCACUUGUAGCCACUUUGGUGGCCCACUUUCUUGUCUAUUACAGGAUUGGAAGGUGUUCGGAGAAAGAUUUGGCCUUUGUAAGAUCCUGGCUUCCCUGUGUGUUCUUCUCGGGAGGCAUCACAGUUGGAAACAUUGGCCGGCUGCUUGCACUGGGAGAGUCGUCUGACGAACCUCUUACCUCCAAGAAGCACCAAGAAUGAAGCACAUUGCAUCAUUUCUUUCUUGGGACGGCUUUCUUUUUUCCGUACCUUGCCAAGGGUCUGCAAUGAAGCACAUGACAUCAGCUUGCUGUGCUGGUUCAGGAGUAUGUGAAAGCUAUCACUAAAUGACCAUCUGACACUACCACUUACUUCUACAAGCAGCACAACUGCCAAGCUGUGUGUGUCUAUAGGCUCGGCGGAAAAGAAAAAGAGCGUGUAUCUGUGAUGCUGACUUUUUUACUGACUGUGCGGGGUGACUGUGCGGAGACUGCCUUCAUGCUGUUCGACCUUUGUGCGCGGACUGAGCUGUGUUAAAGCAGCACUGUGCAUCGUGACUCUCGUGUAAUUCUGCUGUUUUGUUUGCACAGCUUUUUUUUUCUGCCUAUAUUGAUGUUAGUGUGUGUCCAGUGACCAAAGGAAUUGUUGGGGCAGCGUCCUUGCAUCUGUACUUAUUCUUGUUUUGCUUUAUUGUUCUGCCUAGAGUGUGCCUAAGGAAAUGUAUUGGCUGUAACAAGUGUUGCAUCUAAAAUGUCUGUGUAUUUAAAUGUCCUGUGGGUUCGCAUGAGAUGAUCUGAAAUGAUGUAAACACCUGAUGAUCAAUUUUUUCUGGCUACAGAUUUGCUUGGCUGAUGGCUGACAUCUGUGUGCUGGAGACAGAAAUCUAGCAUUUAGAAACAUUUCGAUUUCUAGAUAAGCAAGCCUAUCUCUUUCCUGUACGGUAAUAACAUUUGGGUGCUACAUUUUUUUUUGUGUGGCCUACAUUUACACGUCUGUUGGCAUAUGUGUACUGCCUUUCCUUAAACGUUCUUACUUGAUCACUCGGAGAAAAAUUUCUCUGGUAUGUUACAAAGAAGUCUCAAUUUCACUGCCUCUUGUUUCCAAACAUGGUAGCUGGGCUCAGUGAAAUGAACAAAACCAAGGUUCUUGCCUGUGGUACUGUGUCCAAUAAGUGAGAAGCAAAGAAGGAACAAGUGCAUUACAGCACUGCAAGUCUACUGUGUUUGGCUACAAAUUGAGCUUGUUGGUUGUUUCAAGCACUUAUUCUUACCCUUUGGAACUACCACAGAAUAAGGUUAUCACCUAUGGAUUGUCGACUUGCAAGUAAAUUUCUGUCCAUGGCUCUUGAUGGUCCAAUUUCCAUUUUCAGUGCCUCGAGCAAUCUGAUCGUGAGGUGCGUAAUAAUCUUUGAAUUAAUUUUAGCUAUGACUACGCUGUCUUUUCUGUGUUUGUGUGUGUUGUGUAUUUAGCCAUGUUUAUCCAAUCGGGUAAUCGGUGCCAUUUCUCGGCUCUCUGCACUUUUUGUUGUGCAUUUUCUAUUUGUCCUAUCCCAUUCUUGUGUAUUGAAUGAAAAGAGUGUUUUCCAGCUGCUGAAUGUGUGGGCACGCACAGGUUAGUUGAGUAUGUGGGCCCGCAGAAACUGCUUUAUGCCCCUGUCUUUCACAUUUGUGGAGUUCAUUUUAACGUGACAGCUUCUCUAUGAUCAGAACCCAUACUUAUUGGCAGUACAGCAACAUGUACGUCCUGACGUGUAUACGUGUGCAAUAACGGACACUGUUUAGUCGCUUUAAGCAUGCACAAUACGUUCCCUCUCGCGACCUUUUUGCACAGAAUAAGCAAGCAAUACUUUUUCCUAUAUAUAUAUACUGAAGUUAUUGAUGGGAACAUUGUACAGCCUUUACCUGCUUUUGUGUUGUACUAUUUAUCCUAUCUGCUUUACAGCAGCUUUUUUUUUUCUUCUUGUAGUAUUUCUCUCAUUUCAAUGCACCCCUGUUCAUUAAUAAUUUAAUACACUCUUAUAACCCUGUAUUCUGUACUAUACCUGUGAGAAUUGUCUAUAAUGCAGUGUACUGCUCUAAACUCUACCAUUUAGAUUAUAAGAUUCGACGAUCUGUCAAUUAGUAAUAGUGUCCCUAUAUUGAUAUCCCACUAGAUACGAAUGAGCUAUUUACACUGAAAUGUUUUGCUGCAUCACGCAUGACACUCGCUUCUCAAUUGAAAUAUAAUUUGUUGAAUUUAAAUUUGAAUUUACCACCCCUUGCUCGCUCCUAUGUGGCUUGCAGCACCUUCAUGCCGGCCAACUCCAUUAAACUCGUCGCAUUAUUUAUGUGUUCCCCAUCUGUACAUUCAUGUCUCGUGUAUGACAAAUUUUGUUGGCGGCAGUAGAGUAAAAUGUUUUUCCAUCUUGGUGCCAUAUAUUAAAUCAAUUUUGAGUGUUGAUUUUUUUCUGUACCAAUACAAACCAGAGAGAAUGCAAUACUAUCUGCAGGCCUGCAAUAGUUUAAUAAAGUUUGCAUGCCUACUUUCUGGCGAUUUGGUGAUUUUCACUGUUGCAUGUGCAAUAAAAUAACAAAAAAUGUGC